UUUCGCUCACUCAAACGCACGUUGGUGGCGUACUUAUUAUUUUUGCUUUCCAAGUCGUUGCUGCGAGUAAGAAGAAGCAGCAGCACAGUGCAGAAGUUGUGUGUGUGUUGUAAAAGAAGAGCUGUUGUUGACACCGAAAACUGGCACAGAAACGAAAAAAAAUCAAAAGGCAAAGCAAAAAACUAGGCGUGACAAAUCCGUGCAACAAACGAAACGAAAAACUAAAAAGCCAAGCGCACAAUUUUUAAUUAGUGUUUAAGCGCAAAAGUGAAUAACACGGCAUACACACAUAUACAUACAUUAAAGAAAAUAAGUGAGCAGUAGCGCCCAGGCGGCCAUUCUCAAAUGAAUAGUCCUCGCACAAACGCGGUCAAUGGCGGCAGCGGCUGCGGCGCCAUUGCAGCGCUGCCCAGCUCACUGGCACAAUUGUCAUUGAGAGAAAAGCAGCAGGCGGCGGCGGCAGCAGCGGGGGCGGUCACUACCAAUGGAAGCGCUAGUGGUGACACUCCCACUCCACGCCCUCUGCAUCCACCACAAACGCAGCCACCCAGUGUGCCCAUAUCAGCGUCACCAUCAGUGGCAGCGGCUGCAGCGGCAAUGAGCAAAUUGCAGAUGUCCGAGGGCAGCGCUGGAUUAGCGACGACGCAGGCAUCGACAAAUGGUGAUUCCAAUAAACUAACGCACGAUUUGCAUGAAAAGGAAGGAGCGCAGAAGCCACAGAAGCCACCGUUGCCAGUGCGUCAGAAACCUAUGGAGAUCGCUGGCUACGUAGGCUUUGCCAAUCUACCUAAUCAGGUCUAUCGCAAGGCAGUGAAGCGCGGCUUCGAGUUCACAUUGAUGGUUGUGGGUGCCAGUGGUUUGGGCAAAUCAACGCUUAUCAAUUCCAUGUUUCUGUCAGACAUCUAUAAUGCGGAGCAGUAUCCGGGACCGUCGCUGCGCAAGAAGAAAACUGUCGCAGUGGAGGCCACCAAGGUCAUGCUCAAAGAGAAUGGCGUUAACUUGACGCUAACGGUGGUGGACACGCCAGGGUUUGGAGAUGCCGUCGAUAACAGCAAUUGUUGGGUGCCCAUUCUGGAGUAUGUGGACAGCAAGUACGAGGAGUAUUUGACAGCGGAAUCGCGUGUCUAUCGUAAGUCGAUAUCGGAUAAUCGUGUGCAUUGCUGCCUGUACUUUAUUGGACCAUCGGGUCAUGGGCUGCUCCCACUGGACAUUGCCUGCAUGCAAAGCCUUUCGGAUAAAGUGAAUUUGGUGCCAGUUAUAGCUAAGGCAGACACCAUGACACCAGACGAGGUGCAUCUGUUCAAGAAGCAGAUACUCAACGAGAUUGCUCAGCACAAGAUCAAGAUCUAUGAUUUCCCUGCCACGCUUGAGGAUGCGGCCGAAGAAUCGAAGGCAACCCAAAAUUUACGAAAUCGUGUGCCAUUCGCCGUUGUGGGCGCCAACACCAUUAUCGAACAGGAUGGGAAGAAGGUGCGUGGACGACGCUAUCCCUGGGGUCUUGUCGAGGUGGAGAAUCUAACUCAUUGUGAUUUCAUAGCGUUGCGCAAUAUGGUCAUACGUACACACCUGCAGGACCUCAAGGAUGUCACCAACAAUGUGCACUAUGAGAAUUAUCGCUGUCGCAAGCUAUCAGAGCUGGGUCUGGUCGAUGGUAAGGCGCGGCUGUCCAACAAGAAUCCGCUUACCCAAAUGGAGGAGGAGAAGCGCGAGCAUGAGCAGAAGAUGAAGAAAAUGGAGGCGGAAAUGGAGCAGGUGUUUGACAUGAAGGUCAAGGAGAAGAUGCAAAAGCUCAAGGACUCCGAACUGGAGCUGGCACGCAGGCACGAGGAGCGCAAGAAGGCGUUAGAGCUGCAAAUACGUGAACUGGAAGAGAAGCGGCGUGAGUUCGAGCGCGAGAAAAAGGAAUGGGAGGACAUGAAUCAUGUGACGCUCGAGGAGCUGAAGAGGCGCAGUCUCGGCGCCAAUAGCAGUUCCGACAACGUGGAUGGCAAGAAGGAAAAGAAGAAGAAGGGUCUGUUCUAAGUCAAGGCUCUAGCCUAGAGUGACAAUAGUCCUCCUCCUCCACCUCCUUCCUUCCUCCCUUCGUUCCUUCCUUCGCCUACUUAACAAAUCCAACAUACUUAAGCGCUAAUCUCGAGCAAACACACGCAUUAUUUAUCAUAUAUAGCGGUACAUUUGGUCGCGCUUAAUGUCACGGCUUGGCAAAACCACAUACACACACACACACUCACACUCUGAUACACCCACACAUACAAACACUCAGCAGACGCCACGCGCAUUUGCAUUUGUUUUUACAUUUAAAAGUUAAUUAUUGCAGUAUUUUAUCAAAACUAUUUAAAAACGCAUCAAACAGUUAAAAGAAAUACAAGUAACUAACAGUUAAUUUAAAAAACAAGAAAGAAACGUAACACUUGACGAUACAUUUUUGCUAGCAUAAAUGAGAAUUGAAACGAAACCUAAAUUGUAUUUAAAAAAUACCUUAAUAUCUAGCAUAUGCAUAUAUAACUUUAACAACAAGAAAGAAAAGAAAACUUUAACACGUAAAAACAAAACGUAAGCAACAAGAA